CAUUCACGGACCACAAACUGUGCAUGUUGCGGCUCCAACAGUCCCGCGUUUGGUAGUCCAGGUGAAAAUGGUGAAAUAAUUUGAUAUUUUGUACUGAAAAUUAUACCUGCAUGUUGAAAAGUUUGCAAGAUUUGUUCCCAUGAGUUAUUCAAAUCAAAUGUGUUUCCCAUCAGUUAUUAAAAUCAAGCUUUAUCUAACGAUGAAGAGUACAGUUGUUAUUCUAGCGUUGGCUUGCGCCGUGGCGACCAGCGUCGCACCAUCUCCCGUCGCUAGCAACGGAAGGAUGCCGGACUGCGUCAAAGCCCUGAUGUCAAAGAGCAUCCAGGUUGAGAUGAGGGACGGCAUGAACGCGUGUAUGAGUGAGCUUCACUUCACUCAAGUUUUCAGCGCUUCCGGUGAUGGAUCUCACCCGGAUCCCGUUAUCUUCAAAGAGAAGCUCAAGAAGUUACAAGUCUGCAUCGCAGGAAAGAUGGGAUACGUAGCUGCGGAUGGCAGUUUUGACGUGGAUGCGUUCAAGGGCUCCAUUGCACGGCGGGCGGUCGGCAGCGGCGAGGAGGCUAAAAUCAAACGCGGCCUCGACAGCUGCCCCACCGAACCUCUCAGCAACUUCAAAAUUCAUCAGUACAUGGCGUGUCUGGCGACGAACUGCGAUGCCGCUUAAUCCCUUGUAAUAUCUUGUAAAUUUUCUGACGCGUUGAAACCCGAAUUCUACAAUAAAAAAUUCUAAUGGUUCUUGAAUUUCACAUUUUAAAAGCUUUCGUGCUCACUUUCUCGACACGACACCAUUUUUGACGACAGAAUUACCCUUUGAGAUUGUUUUCUGUUUUAACAAAGUGCGAGCUGCACUCUGUGUCUAUAUAUGGUCAAACGGUAUUCAUGUUGCGGCAGGAUCUUUAAUUAUUUUUAUUGUUCAGUUUUGCGGAUCUUUGGUUUCUGUGGUCAUGAUUUGGUGGUGAGAUGACUUUAGUCGAGUAGCAGUGGCUCCAAUUGAAACAUUUGGGACUUUCGUUCUUAAAACGUAAAAAUCUUUAUAACUCGACCUUUUUCUGCUCGAAUGAUUGCUCAUUUAUUAAGCCUUUCCUAUAUGUUAAUGUAUUGCACUUCAAUAGUAAUAUUUUGUGGUAUUAUAUUGCUUGCUACAUAAUCCUUACAAAUCUAUUAAUUGAUGGAAAUACCUAAUAAACAAGUAUUUAAAAUUUUAUUCGUUGUAGAAAUAUUAAAACUUAGUUAUUUUCGACUUUUCAUUUUGAUAUAUUAAUGACAUUAAUUUGCAGGCGUUACCUAUUCAUUCUAUACAUUAUAAUAGAUAGUUCCACUAGUCCUAUCGUUGAAGUGCGUGAAUGCGUGUCACAGGGCGUGCUCUUUUAUGCGUGUCGUAUGUUAUGGUUCUUUAGUUGUCCUAGCCUUAAUCAUUAACGCAAAAUUUAUUAAAAUUAUGACAUCAUAAGCAAUAUGUUUGCAAUAAAUCCCUGGCGCCCUUUAAUGGUAUAUGUAGGUGUGUGAUUAUAACUAAGCUGUGAUGACAGGUGUAAUUAGAACUAAGCUUUAAUGACAGGUGUGGUUAGAACUAUGCUGUAAUGACAGGUGUAAUCAGAACUAAGCUGUAAUGACAGGUGUAAUCAGAACUAAGCUUUGAUGACAGGUGUAAUUAGAACUAAGCUGUAAUGACAGGUGUAAUCAGAACUAAGCUGUAAUGACAGGUGUAAUUAGAACUAAGCUGUAAUGACAGGUGUAAUUAGAACUAAGCUGUAAUGACAGGUGUAAUUAGAACUUCAAUAUUCAAUUAAAUUUUUAUUUCAUUAUAGCAGUACAUGGGAUUAAACAGCUUACUUAUUCCAAACCUUAGUAACCCACCUGAACUGAAAGAUUUUAUCAAUGAUGAUUAUAUUAAUGAUUGAUUAUUAAUAAAUUUAAU